AUGGCCCCAACACUUGCACUCGCCCUCAUAUCCAUCGUCUCUUUCGUGGUAGUGCAAUCCUUGCAAAAGAAGAGAGACACAAAGGGGCUGCCUUUACCCCCUGGUCCUCCACCUCUUCCUUUUGUCGGAAACGUGAUUGGAAUUGAUACGGGUCAUCCAUGGUUAGCGUACUCAAGAUGGGGAGCUGAGUAUGGGGAAAUCGUGUACUCUCGACUCUUCAGUCAAGAUAUCGUGAUCAUCAACUCUGAAAGAGUUGCGCAUGACUUGCUCGACCGUCGUUCACAUAAUUAUUCCACAAGACCCUCGGGGCUCAUGCACGUUCUUGACUUUCCUAGUUUCGGUACCGAGUUCGCUUCCAUCUUUCUACCCUACUCGGAUAGGUGGAGACUUCACAGGCGAAUUUUCCACCAAGCAUUCCGUCCAGAAGCAGCACCAUCCUUCCGUCCGAUUCAAAUGCGCAAUGCUCACAAUUUGAUACUAAACUUACUAGCCUCUUCGAAGGUGUAUGGAACCCAUCUCCAUACCUUCAGCACGUCUGUCAUCAUGUCUAUUGUGUAUGAUUAUUCGACAGCGUCUCUUGAUGAUCCUUUUAUUGCGCUUGUCGAGCGUUCACUUGAGAUAUCUGUAAGAGAACUCAGGCCUGAGGUCGCAGCUGUUGUAUCAGAGUUCCCAAUAUUGGAAAAACUUCCUCCCUGGUUCCCUGGAGCGAGCUUUGUAAGGGGUGCCAUACUCCAGAGAACCCUCGUUCCCAUGAUUGUGGACCCGCCCUUUGAACAUGUGAAGAAGAACAUGGCCGCAGGGACGGCUGCACCGUCCAUGGUGUCGGAUGCAUUGCGUCGUGUACCAGAUAAAGCAAAAGACGAAGAGGAGGUCACUGUUCUCGAAAAAGCGAUCAAGGAAGCCAGUGCAUCUGGUUAUGCUGAAACUGCCCAGACAACGUCCACUCUAUACGUCUUCCUGCUUGCGAUGGUUCUAUAUCCUGAGGUGCAAGCACGUGCGCAAGCAGAGAUUGAUUCCGUCAUUGGGGAAUCCCUCGAAAGAUUGCCCGACUGGGAUGAUCGCGUUUCUAUGCCCUACGUCAAUGCUGUUAUACAGGAGACGCUGAGGUGGUUCCCUGUUGUUCCUCUGGGCAUUCCCCAUGCCACGGUAAAUGAUGACGUCUACGAAGGUCAUUAUAUUCCAAAAGGGGCUACCGUAAUGGCUAACACAUGGUUUAUGGCGCGCAAUCCAGAGAAAUAUCCUAACCCGACAAGGUUCAUUCCCGAGCGUCACAUGUCCAAAGUCGCCGUCGAAAAGCCAUCAGCACAUGGUCCUGACGACAUUUCCUUUGCCUUUGGAUUUGGGAGGCGUGUCUGUGUUGGACGACAUGUUGCGGAUAAUUCCUUAUUCGCUGCAGUUGUGAAUAUUCUUACCGUGUUCCGGGUGGAACGUGCAUCAGGAUGGAAUAUCGGGCCUGAUGCUGAAGGAGUGAAAUGGACGGGAGGGGUAACGACGUGA